CAUCCAUAUCAAUAGAAUAUCAUCUUCUUUUCUUUACUUAACCGCUGCCCUGCAGGUAGUUUUCACUCCUUUCCAUUUCAUUUCAUUCAUUCAACACCCACCGGAGAUCAGAGAUCAUAGUUGAUCAUCAAUGGAAGGCGAUACCGGAAUUACCGACGACAGUGGCGCCGCUCCUACGAACCUCCUCCUAUCUCCUCCACCACAACAAUCUUCUUCAUGGAGGCUCAAUAUUGACCAGUUUCGUCUUCCACAAACCUCUAGUUCCACUUCUCCUGAUCGCUUUUCGGGUUUUCGUCGCAUCUUUAGGCGUAGUCCGAAGAAACAUAGAAAGGUUCGGGAGUACUACAAGAAACAGGAACAACUCCUAGAAGGAUUCAACGAGAUGGAAACGAUUAACGAGUCAGGAUGUUUACCUGAAAGCUUAACCGAGGAUGAAAUGAAGAAUCUGGCUAAGAGUGAAAGAACCGCGAUCACCGUGUCGAAUGUGGCUAACUUGGUUCUUUUCAUAGCAAAAGUAUAUGCUUCUAUUGAAAGCAAAUCUCUAGCUGUCAUUGCUUCAACCUUGGAUUCAUUAUUGGACUUGUUAUCCGGGUUUAUUUUGUGGUUUACUUCAUACGCCAUGAGAAAUCCGAAUCAGUUUCACUAUCCGAUUGGGAAGAACCGGAUGCAGCCUGUCGGGAUCAUUGUUUUUGCAUCAGUAAUGGGAACUCUUGGGUUUCAAAUAUUGCUAGAGUCUGCUAGACAACUUAUUGCCAAGACUCACCCUGACACGGACCGCGAUCAUGAAAAAUGGGUGAUCGGCAUCAUGGUGGGUGUGACCGUGGUGAAGUUUCUGCUGAUGGUUUAUUGCCGAAGAUUUCAAAAUGAGAUAGUGAGGGCCUAUGCACAAGAUCAUUUCUUUGAUGUUGUCACUAAUUCGGUUGGAUUAGUUUCAACUGUUUUAGCUGUUCGCUACCGGUGGUGGAUUGAUCCUCUAGGUGCUAUCAUUAUAGCGCUUUAUACGAUCAGCACAUGGGCAAGGACGGUUAUGGAGAACGUGAGAGCGUUAAUAGGCAGAACGGCCCCACCGGAUUUCCUAUCAAAACUGACUUAUCUGGUAUGGAACCACCAUGAGGAAAUAAAACAUAUUGACACAGUUAGAGCAUACACAUUCGGUUCUCAUUACUUUGUGGAGGUAGAUAUUGUGUUGCCAGAGGAUAUGCUGCUGAGCCAAGCUCAUAAUAUUGGUGAAAUGCUACAAGAAAAGCUUGAGCAGCUUCCUCAAGUGGAGCGCGCAUUUGUUCAUAUCGACUUUGAGUUUAGUCAUAGACCCGAACACAAAGGCAAGGUCUAGCUAACUUGUAUUUAUCUUUUAACAAGUUUUUAAGUUAAAUAAACACACAAGGAUCAUAUAUCAUAUGAUCUUUUUAUCGGCGUAUUGAUCAAAUUUAAACGAAUGUUGUGGUGAUGUGAAACUAGUUAUCCUAUUUGUGAUCUAUUUCUUUGUUACU